AUGGUCCAAAAGGAUAAGACGCUGGAGACCGCACAGGUGGAAGCAGGACCGAGCACUAGCCCAUCCUCGGUAGAGGCUUGUGCGGCGAGUCCAGGCCUGUCGAAAGAGUCUGACGACGCCACCGUGGAAGCAGCGGGCCACAGAAAAUUCAUCAGUGGAGUUGUAGAAGGCUUUUAUGGACGCCCAUGGACAAUGGAACAGAGAAAAGAGCUAUUCAGGAGGCAGCAGAAAUGGGGACUGAAUACGUACCUUUAUGCACCCAAAGAUGACUACAAACACAGAAUGUUCUGGAGGGAAUUGUACUCAGUCGAAGAAGCAGAACAACUUAUCACUCUAAUUGGAGCAGCCAAAGAGUACGGCAUUGAGUUCAUCUAUGCAAUUUCUCCUGGACUUGACAUCACUUUCUCCAAUCAGAAAGAGGUCACAGCACUCAAGAGAAAACUGGACCAGGUGACACACUUUGGGUGCAAGUCAUUUGCCUUACUUUUUGAUGACAUCGAUCACAACAUGUGCCCUGCUGACAAGGAGGUUUUCAGCUCCUUUGCACACGCUCAGGUGUCCAUCACCAAUGAAAUCUACCAAUACCUUGGACAGCCUGAAACCUUUCUGUUCUGUCCCACAGAAUACUGUGGAACCUUCUGCUACCCAAGUGUCUCUCAGUCUCCCUACCUUCACACAGUAGGAGAGAAGCUACUGCCUGGCAUCGACAUUCUCUGGACAGGACCCAAAGUGGUAUCCAAAGACAUCACAGUGGAGUCAAUUGAGGAAGUGUCUAAAAUUUUAAGAAGAGCCCCCGUCAUCUGGGACAACAUUCACGCCAAUGACUAUGACCAGAAGAGGCUCUUCUUGGGUCCUUACAAGGGCCGCUCCACGGAACUCAUCCCCAGACUUAAGGGAGUUCUCACUAACCCUAAUUGCGAGUUUGAGUCCAACUUUGUUGCCAUUCACACCCUGGCCACCUGGUAUAAGUCUAACAUGAACGGAGUGCGCAAGGAUGUGGUCAUGACGGACGGUGAGGACAGCACUGUUUCUAUCCAAAUUAAAUUGGAGAAUGAGGGCAGUGAUGAAGAACUGGAAACUGACAUGCUAUACAGUCCCCAGCUCGCCCUGAAACUUGCACUCACAGAAUGGCUUGGAGACUUUGUUGUGCCUCACCAAUACAACAGCCGACAGGUGCCUCAAAGUGGUGCCAAAAGUACAGUUAUCGACGUGUCCUCGGUGGCCUCCCCUUCUCUUUGCUCUGCCACCACGGUCACAACUGUGUUCCAGCAACCAAUAAUGUCUCCAGCCAUGCCAUCUCACUUACUGGAACCUCACCCAUUGGCAAAAACUCCUGAGCAAGAAGAGGAGGUGGAGAAGAAGGAUUCUGAUGAGGAGCCCAUGGAGAUGGUGGUGGAAAAGCUGGAAGAGCCUGACACUGUGGUGAGCACGGAGCAGAAACUUGAGGGCCCGGUCUUGGCUGAAAAGAUGGCAGAUGAUCUUAAGCCAAUGGAUAUGGACAAGGAGAGCUUGGUAGAGUCCAAGUCUUCUGAAGAGUCCCUACAAGAGGACUCUGGGAGUGAUAUUGCCCCCAUGCAGACUGACGAUCAACUCAAGCAGGAUGUGUUUCUUCCCGGUCCCACUGAGAAGCCACUGUUCACCGUGGAGCCGCUCUCCAUCGAGGACCUGUGUCUGCUGGCGGAACUCUUUUACCUGCCAUAUGAGCACGGCCCCAAGGCCAUGCAGAUGUUGAAGGAGUUCAAUUGGCUGAGAGCUAACAGCAGCGUCGUUAGUGUAAACCGCAAGAUGAAAGAAGAUGAGAAGGUUGCAGAAUGGCAGUUGAGGGCAGAGAAGUUUGAGGAGAUGUGCUGCUCAGUCAUACAGAUGUUUACACGCCUGUCUAAUUCCGCCAACCGCACCAUCCUGUAUGACCUCUACCCUUACAUCUGGGACAUCAAGAGCAUCAUUUCUAUGGUCAAGUCCUUUGUCCAGUGGCUAGAUGGAAGAAUCCACAGUACAAGUUUCUACUGCUUUUGGAUCGACAGUGGCCGAUGGUGUCGUAGUCAGUCAUCAGCACAAUUCCCUAAAGGAGACCAAGAACCAUGGGCCUUUAGGGGAGGUCUAGCAGGAGAGUUCCAGAGAUUAUUGCCAAUUGAUGGGGCAAACGAUCUUUUCUACCAGCCUCCACCCUCACUGCCAACCUCCAAAAUCUAUUCAAUAAGGCCGUAUUUUGCCAAAGAUGAGGCUUCUGUGUAUAAAAUCUGUAAAGAAAUGUACUAUGAAGGAAUGGAGGAUGCACCUUUCUCUGAGCAGGAAUCUGACCUCAUUGGUGAUAAAAUGGUUGGUGGUCUUCUGUCUCUGAGCCCUGACUACGGCUUUGUGCUGGAGGAUGAUGAGGGCAUCUGCGGAUACGCGCUGGGCACCGUGGACGUCAAGCCCUUUAUCAAGAAAUGCGAGAUGAGCUGGAUUCCUUUCAUGCAAGAGAAGUACCACAAACCCGAUGGUCAAAAGGACCUCACAGAGGCCGAGAAAAUGAUUUUGAGUUUCCACGAGGAAGAGGAGGGCCUUCCGGAAUCUUUUCUGUCCAACUUCCCCUCCCUCAUCAAGGUUGACAUUCAUGCCAAGGUCACUGAUCCCAGUGUGGCCAAAAGUAUGAUGGGAUGUCUCUUAUCUUCCCUCAAGGCUAACGGCUCCCAAGGUGCUUUCUGCAAGGUGCGCCAGACUGACAAGAGAAUGUUGGACUUCUAUAGUAAGCUUGGGUGCUUCGAGGUGGCCAAGAUGGAGGGCUUUCCCAAAGAUGUCAUCAUAAUGGGACGAAGCUUAUGA